CUCCCAGCCUCCCACAAAACAAUAGCAUUAAUAGGGAAAAAAAAAAAAUCAGUAAUCAAAACAUGAAGAACCCUCAGUUCCAACCUGAGAAACGGAAGCUCCUGAUUGUGGCAAUAGUAGGAUUGAUCGCCGCCACUGUACUUAUCUCCAGCUUGCUCCGCUCCGCCGAGCACUCAUUCUUCUGUUCAUUGGCCAGUUCACAAGCCCGGUCCAUGUCCGAUUACUCGGCCACGCCGAUUCAACUCAAUGCCAUCCUCCACUACGCCACCUCAAAGAUCGUCCCACAGCAAUCCUUUGCCGAAAUAACCGUCUCCUUCAACGUCCUCAAAGAAAAAGCGCCUUGCAACUUCCUUGUGUUCGGUCUAGGCUACGACUCGAUGAUGUGGAACUCGCUCAACCCACGUGGCAACACCUUAUUCCUCGAAGAAGACCCCAAGUGGGUCCAACAAGUUCUCAAAGACGCCCCAUCGCUCAAAGCGUAUGCCGUCCAGUACCGCACGCAGCUCUCCAAAGCCGAUCAUCUCCUCAAAACGUACAAAUCCGAACCCAACUGCAGGGCGUCAAAAGCAUUCGUACGUGGCAACUUAGAAUGUAAGUUAGCUUUGACUGGUCUUCCCGAUGAAGUGUACGACACAGAGUGGGACAUGAUCAUGAUCGACGCGCCGCGAGGGUACUUCCCGGAGGCGCCGGGUAGAAUGGGCGCAAUAUUCUCGGCAGCUGUAAUGGCGAAGCAACGGAAAGGAUCCGGUGUGACGCACGUGUUCCUCCACGACGUCAAUCGGAGAGUGGAGAAGGUUUUCGCGGAGGAGUUCUUGUGUAGAAAGUACUUAAAACAUUCUGUAGGGAGACUCUGGCAUUUCGAGAUACCUUCAGCAGCCAACUCGAGUUACGUCGCGGACACUGAUAGUUUUUGUUGAAACGCUGCGUUUUUGAAUUAUCGGCUUUACAGUUGUUGUACUUGUACGUUAAUUAUAUAAUUAAUUAUCUUAAUUACUAUACAUUUUUAGAGAUUUCGGAAUGAAAUGCUUUAAUUAGUUUAGUAAUAUUAAAAAAGUCAGUCGCUAAACAGCUGGUUGUAAAGAGUCGGUGAAAACAGAGAAAUGUCAAAAAGUAUUUUCCGGGACAUUGGUGGGUGUGUCUAACAUGCGCCCCGAGAUCAGAGAUGCAGUAGAUCAGUGGGUGGGUGUUGCCACUUCCACAGCUUUCUGAAAUUGUCGGUGAGGCAAAAUUAAAAAAAAAAAAAAAAAAAAACUGGCAGGAAAUCACUGCGGUACUUGAGGACAUUUUGAGUGUUGGUGUAUUGUAUUGGACAGAUGUUGGUUGGCUACUGAACCAAGGCAAAAGGGUGUUUUUAUUGUUUC